AUUCGGAUAUAUUAUAAUAAUCUAAUAAUAAUAAUGCACUUGAUUAUAUUAAUAUGGUGUAGUAUAUGUAUUAUUAUUAUAUUAUCAAAAGAUGUGUCUUUGAAAUAUAAUGGGGGAGAAGGGGAUUGAUUGAAAAUAUUUUAUAAAAUAAAAAAAGGAAACUGUGGGGAAACACCAACAUAAAAAGAUACAUACAUUUAUAAGAGCUAAAUAUAUUACUCAUAUAACACUUUAAAUACCUUUAUAGAAAUCCCGUCAAAUAUGUUUCCAUGUUUCAUAAGCAGAUAUAAUUGUCAUGAUCUGGAGUUUGUGUUAGUUUUGUGUCUUGUUUGGAAGUCCUUGUGUCGUCUGUCUCCCUGUGAUUGUCUGCCCUGGCCCUGAUUGUUUCCUUCUGUGAUUGCUGGCCCCGCCCUCAUUGUGUCCACCUGUGUCUCGUUCCCCGUUGUCCAAUCCUCUCACCUUGCCUGUGUAUGUAAACCCUGUUCGUCUCAUUCCCAGUGUGGCUUCGUACUGUUUGGUCCGUGUGUUUUGUCGUCCUGUUCUGGUUUCUUGGAGUAAAGAUUGUUUUUGUGCAAUAAUGUCGGCGUUUGGGUCCUCUCUCGUUGCGACAACCUGGACUGCGCAUGACAGAACGAAGCCACCAAGAAUGGACCCAGCCUUCAGUUUCCACUGCACGGUUCCUGCCGGGCCAACUAAGUUUCAGGUACUUCUGGAGGAGAUGUGGGAGUCCCUCCGGGCCCGUGGUCCUGUGCCGGCUCCAGUCCCCGAUGUUCCGUCACAGGCUCCAGACCCCGAGGUUCUGGUCUGGCCAGCCUUCCAUGAGGCUCCAGACCCCGAGGUUCCAGUCCACGAUGUUCCGGUUCCGUCACAGGCUCCGGACCCUGAGGUUCCAGUCCACGAUGUUCUGGUUCCAGUCCCCGGUGUUCCGUCGCCGGGUCCAGUCCACGAGGUUCCGGUUCCAGUCCCCGGAGUUCCGUCACCGGUUCCAGUCCACGAUGUUCCGGUUCCGUCACAGGCUCCAGACCCCGAGGUCCAGUCCACGAGGUUCCGGUUCCAGUCCCCGGAGUUCCGUCACCGGUUCCAGUCCACGAUGUUCCGUCACAGGCUCCAGACCCUGAAGUUCCAGUCCCCGAUGUUCCAGUUCCAGUCCCCGGUGUUCCGCCGCCGGCUCCAGUCCCUGGGUUUCCGUCACCGGUUCCAGUCCCUGGUGUUCCGUCGCCGGCUCCAGUCCCCGGUGUUCCGCCUCCUUCCCACCCGGCCCUGGUUCUCCUCAUCCCGCCUCCGUCCCGGUCAGUCACAGUUCCCCGUGUUCCGUCCCGUCCAGCCCUGGUUCCCCAUGUCUCGUCGCCUGGUCCUGGUCCCACAGAGCCCCCAUCCCCAGACCCCGGUACCCCUGGGACUUCCUCUCCUGAGCCCGGUCCCCUAGCUCCCCGCUCUUGUCCUCCGGCCCGCCCUCCAGAGCGCGCCCCUCGGCCUGGUUAUCGUCCUGCGGCCCGCCCCCCCGGACUGCUUCUGCAGCCUUGGACCCUCCUCCGGCUCCCCUCCACCCACCCUUGUGGAACGCUUGGCCGUCUGGAAUUCGUCCCUUGAGGGGGGGGUACUGUCAUGAUCUGGAGUUUGUGUUAGUUUUGUGUCUUGUUUGGAAGUCCUUGUGUCGUCUGUCUCCCUGUGAUUGUCUGCCCUGGCCCUGAUUGUUUCCUUCUGUGAUUGCUGGCCCCGCCCUCAUUGUGUCCACCUGUGUCUCGUUCCCCGUUGUCCAAUCCUCUCACCUUGCCUGUGUAUGUAAACCCUGUUCGUCUCAUUCCCAGUGUGGCUUCGUACUGU